AUGCCUUCCUACCCAGAACUACACCUAGCACCUCCCAAUAUGUCCAACUCCUCUACAGUUUCUGUAUACAAUCUGAGUCACUUCACCGCUUGGGAUGCUGCAAAUGUCUUAGAGUUUGCCAUAUCUCACUUUGCUGCCAUCUGGCUCAUCUGCAACCAAAACCAUGUGCCUUGCACCCUGGCCUACAAAGCCAGCUUCAUUUGGCACAUUCAAUGGGAAGCAGAUGUGAGUGUCUCAUCGCAUUUUGUGUUCCCCUUCAUCAAUAUCAUCAUUGGUCACUUCAUCCGCUUCCAAACCAGUACCAUCACUACCAAUGUAUUCCAUGACGAAUUCUUCGUGCAUUGCUCUCCAAGCGACCCAACCCUGGGCUCCACUCACCAACUCAUGCAAGAAUACAACCACAAUUGGUGGAUGGAUCAUUUUGACAGGUUGGGGUUUGAGUUGCUGCUCUUGGACCUUCAGGUGUUACAAACUAGGAUAGUUCUAACAACAGAUGACUUGAUAAGAGUCAGGACCUCUGCCGAGAUUCUACGCGAGACAAUAAGUCAAGCAUUCAGUGAGGUCAUGGAGAUGACCAGAGACCACUUUGAGCAGCUGCUGAUGGGAACAAUGCUACUUCCAGGUCCUGUGAUCACUGACCAGGCAGAUGGAGACGCCCUUGUCAAUCCAAUUGUGGCAGUCAGGGCCCAUCUCCAACAGCUCAGCGACACAUUGUCUUGUUUGCUGGAGGAGAAGACACAAGUUGCCACAGUGGCUGCAGCCACCAUGGCAAGACUUGAGGCACUGAUGGAUGAGCUCUUGGAUUCUCAUUGGUGA